AUGGAAGAUGGCAGCUCCGAAAACCAAGGCCCCACAGAACGGGCACCGGCAGCAGGCGAUGCCGCUGCUGUUGAUCCACAUGCGAGCAGCGAGGAACGAGUCUCUUACCACCUCACUAUGGUGGAUGGCAGUGAGACAGAUGUCUCUUUGAGUGCGGACGCGACAGUCUACGAUGCCUGCGCCGCAGCGUCCGCCUGGAGGGGGCUGCAAGUUGGCCGGCUGAGGUUGGUGGCAGAUGGUCAAGUGGAACCUCUGCCUCUCUGCCGCAAGACGAAGCUCUGCGACGUGACAGGCGGCCAGACAAGCCUCCUCGUCGUGAUUCCGGGCAGCAGUUGUGGAUGA